AAUGGACAUUCAACAACUGCCAUGCGACAGGGUCAAGCUAUGGAGGGCUGGCCCAGAAGGAUUCGGCCUGCGACCUAACAAGCACACAUUCUCGAUAGCAGACGAAUACCACCUACCUGAACCGGCAUCGUCACCCGAAGGGCUUUCUUUUCUCAUCCCCGCAUCUGACGGCAACGGCGGCGAACUUUUUCUCUUAUAUUCCACGGACUCAUUUUUCUAGCUUUUGUGGCUGCUGCCAGUUAUUCCCGUCGCCUUGUGUGCUGUUACUGACAAUACAUUCAAGAUGGCCAUCAUCGACGCGGGAAAGGGACCGGUCCACGACGUGCCGCCAAAGGCCUUCGACGACACUAGCGCCGACUUUGCCACUGACAGCCCGACAGACCUUUACAACCACACUCCCGUCCAUCAGGACAAUGGCAUUGUGUCCAAGCUGCGCGGCGUCGAGGCACGCCUAGAUGCAAAGCUUGGUAUCGAGUCCGAGGCCAUCGACCGAAAACGUGCAGAGGACAAGAAGCCGGUGCCAUGGCACGAGCAGCUCACCAUGGCUCUGCUCUGGGCCAGUGGCACGAUGAACACCUCGUGCUUUGCUACGGGCUUCUUAGGAUGGGAGUUUGGGCUUAGCUUGAAGCAGUCCAUCCUGAUCACCAUCUUUGCCUCAAUCAUUGGUGGUGCCGUGACCGGAUACUGCGCGACCUUCGGUGCCGCCACCGGUCUUCGCCAAAUAUCUGUGAGCCGAUAUAGUUUUGGAUGGUGGCCAAAUAAGCUGAUCGCCGCAUUGAACUCGAUUCAGCAAAUCGGCUGGGCUGCGGUGUCCUGCAUCACGGGCGGUCUUGCCCUCAAUGCUGUCGCUGACGGCCACGUCUCUCUGGUGGUGGGCAUCAUCAUCAUUGCCGUCGUCGCUCUAGCCAUCUCCUUUAUUGGCCUGAACGCCAUUCUGGUCUACGAGCGCUAUGCCUGGCUCAUCUACUUUGUCAUUUUCAUGAUCAUAUUUGGAGAGACGGGAAAAUAUGCGGACAAUACUACCCCCUCUUCGUUGACUGGUGCAACGUUGUCCGGAACCGUCCUGUCGCUGCUGGCCAUCGUCUACGGCUCCAGCUCGUCCUGGUGCACCAUGGCAUCAGACUAUUAUGUACACUAUCCGGCCAAUGUCUCCCGCACAAAGGUCUUCUUUAUGACCACCUUUGGCAUCGCUAUCCCUACUUCGAUCGGCAUGGUCGCCGGCUGCGUCGUGGCGUCGGCGCUCAACAACAAGCCCGAGUGGCAGGAUGCGUACGAGAACCAAGGGCUCGGCUUCCUCAUUCAGGACUCGCUGUACCCACGUGGAUUCGCUAAGUUCCUGCUCACACUGCUCGUCCUGUCCGGCGUCAACACCAACGUCAUCUCCAUCUACUCUGCUGCGAUUUCGUGUCAGCAAUUUUCGCGCCCCUUUGCCCGAGUCCCCCGCUUCAUCUGGACGUUCCUCUGCUUCGCAGCCAUCUUGGCCCUGGCGCUGGGCGGUCGUGAGGAGCUCAACACCUACUUGACCGACUUUUUGAGUUUGUUGGGAUACUGGUGCACGAGCUAUUUCGUGAUUCUCUUCACGGAGCAUGUUGUCUUCCGCAAGCGCAAUUUUGCAAACUACGAUCUCGAGGGCUGGAAUGACCCUGCGAGAUUGCCGCAUGGUAUCGCUGCGGCGGUUGCGUUCAGUCUAGGCGUGGUGGCCUGGGUCAUGGGUAUGAAUGAGACCUGGUACAUCGGUCCAUUAUCCGCGGUGAUUGGCGACUAUGGUGGUGAUGUCGCUAAUGAGUUCGCUUUCGUUGUCACGGCGUUGACGUAUGCGCCUGUACGAUAUUGGGAGUUGAAGCAUUUUGGGAAAUAGAUUUAUGGUAAUGGCUAGCAACUGGUGAUAUUAUCGCUGGCCGAAAUAUCCCUGGCCGAAGCCGCGUAUUGCCAGUGAAUGUUGACGUGAAUUUCCAGCAUUCUCCCAAUGAUACUACGA